GGAGGCAAAGUUACAAAUUCGUUUUCUCCUUCUUGUGACAGAGUGCGUGAACUGUUUCGCCACCGGCAUGAACUAGGGCGUUGCGGGUUGUGUUUUCGGUCCCGUUGGACCGCCAGGCGGACCUUGGAAGUAGGAAUUUUCGCGUGUUUUUCACUCCUUUUGCACGGGAGAUUCUUCACUCACGCCCCGUCGGCCCGCCGUUCGUGUCGCCCUCCCUCCGCAGUUCGACGUCGUCAUCGUCGCCAUUGCAAACCGUUUUCGUCGUCGUCGACGUCGCCGUCGCUGCUGCCGUCGAACGUCGUCGUUAUUAUUGCCCGGGAUUGCGCGCGCACGAGCGAGAGGGCAGCAGUAUCGAAACACGCGCGUUCAGCAUAGUGCCAAACGAGUGUGAAAGAAAAGGCUAGUAAAGGGAAAAAAGAGCGCUAGUGUGGUGCGCGAGUGCGAAUGAGAGGGAGUGUGGUGGCCGUGUGCGUGAGCGGUGCAGCGUUAGUGUGGAAGUAAGGGUUGUGUGUGCAGUGGAGGCAAAGGGCGCCUCGAGUGUUUUUGUGCCCUCUCCGCCUGUCAGAUCGUGCGAGGCGGUGGAGAGGCGAAGCGAAGCGCGUCGUGGUUUUCGCCGCCGUUUUUCCGCUGCCAGCAAUUUUGUGAAGCAAUAAGCGGCCCAGCAGCUUGUUUUUAGGCGUCGGGUGACACCGAAAUAAUUACCACCUUUAUUUUUCGGAGCCGCCAAGGGCGCUGCAUCGUGCUCAACAACAUCCAUCCUCCUGCCGUCGUGGGCCAAGCUGUUUCACCAGCAGCAUCGCGUCCCAUGCACGGGCGAGAAGUGCGCGCGCCAACCAUCCUUCGCACGCACACAUCCACGCUGUCAUCCUCGCCGAUCCUUCGAAUGCUCGGGUGUGUGCGUGAUUUUCUGUAGCCUUUUCCCUGGUCCGUCGCACGGAUUGUCUUCCUUCUUCGGACGGACCACGCUGCGCCUCCUUGCCAAGGGGUGCUGGUGCCUGUGGGUCCGGGAAAACGGGAAGCGCAAGCACGGGGCGAAAGCGAGAAGGCAAGAAGCAGCGCGCCAACGCCGACGACAGGGAAGAAGAACCACGUCCACGAAGACGACAACGAUCAGAACGACGACGACGACGGCGGCGGCGGUGGCGGGAGCUCAUUCACCACGCAAAGCAGGCGAAGAAAAGCAAAGCAGGCCGAGGGAGCCGCCAAGAAGAUCCUAGUAGCUUGGAAAGGGUGGCAGAAUAGAAACGCACACGGGUGCGAAAGAACGAAUGCGGGAAAUCUCGCAUGCUGCAUGAAAAGGCGGAAAAAAGAGAGCCGACCAAUAAUAGGCCAAAAGGCAGCAAUAACAGAAGCAUAACAAAAAAAAAAACAUAACGACUCAUCUCAACCAUCGCAAGGGGGAAACGGUCCGGUCGGCGGACGCGAACGAAAAGCACGGCUUUAGAAACAGCACACCGAAGCAAAGCACACUGUGGCAAAAAACAACCGCACCAGCCGGGAAACCGGGAAGGCUAAAAGCGAAACUUCAAAACAGAGCACAGAAGCACUGAGGACGAACCGCGCGGAGAAUAAUAAAAUCGGCGUGCGAAGAUGUCGAAGCUUUCGUUUCGGGCGAGAGCCCUUGAUCCGUCGAAACCGGUACCGAUCUAUCUGGCGGAGGACCUGCCGGAUCUGCCGGAGUACUCUGCUAUCAACCGGGCGGUCCCACAGAUGCCGAGCGGCAUGGAAAAGGAGGAAGAAUCGGAGCAUCAUCUGCAACGGGCAAUAUGCACCGGACUGAUCAUUCCCACGCCGGAGGUGUACGACUCGACGGAUUCCGAGUUCUACGACAAGUACUACCCGCCCGACUACAAACUGCCCAAGCAGCUCAUCCACAUGCAGCCGCUCAACCUCGAGCAGGACAUACCGGACUACGAUAUGGACAGCUCGGAUGAGGUGUGGGUCACGUCGCACGGGAAGAAGCUCGACCUCGAUCCGCUCAAGUUCGAGAUCAUGAUGGACCGGCUGGAGAAGAGCUCCGGCCAGACGGUGGUCACAUUGAACGAAGCCAAAGCCCUGCUAAAACAAGACGACGAAGUGAGCAUAGCCGUGUACGACUAUUGGCUCAACAAGCGGCUAAAAACGCAACACCCCCUGAUACUGUACGUGAAGACGGAAAAUCGUGGCAACAUGACACCGAACAAUCCGUACCUGGCAUUCCGGCGGCGCACGGAAAAGAUGCAGACGAGAAAGAACCGCAAAAAUGACGAGUCGUCGUACGAGAAAAUGUUGAAGUUGAGGCGGGAUCUGUCGCGCGCGGUGACCCUCCUGGACAUGAUCAGGCGGCGGGAGAAGCUGAAGCGGGAGCAGCUGCACCUGAGCAUCGAAAUCUACGAGAAGCGCUACCAGGCGCAGGAUUUCCAUGGCCAUCUGCUGUCCGAGUACACGUCGAACGCUACGCGAGCGACGAGACCGGCAUUCGCUCCGAUCUACUCCAACCAGUUCCCAUCGUUGGCGGGCGGCCAAGGGGCUAAUGCGGUGGCCGGCAGUGCCGGUACCGGUGCGGCCCCGUACCUGGCCGGCAGCACGUCGACGACACCGUACGCUGGUCAGGCCGGUAGCAACAAGCGGGACAACGAGAGCCUGAGCAGUCGGAAGGAAAAACGACCGUACAAGAAGCGGAAGCAAAAAAUCCAAAAAGAUCGAAGCUCGUCGGGUGGUGCUGGAGGGGGCAGUGUGGGAUCCGGUACCGUCGGUUCUGGGAGUCGCGGCGAUGCGGGCAGCGGCGUAGCCGGUGUAGGGAGUAGCGGUGGGAUGGGCGUGGGAAGCGGUCCUAGUGGUGGGCAUCAUUCAUCGGCACAUCCCCACCACCAUCACCAUCAUUCGCAUCACCAUCAUCCGGCCGGUGGAACGAUGGCGGGGGUUGUCGGUGGCCGAGGCGAUAUUGGCGCGGUGCCCAGCGGGCACGGAACCGAUCACCACGCACACGGAGACCAUGCCGUUUCGUCCGACGACGAGGAGUUGGCUAACCUGCAGGGCAAUUCACCGGAGGAGGAAUACGCUUAUGCAUUCCGGCGGAGUAAACACAGUCAAUACCACAGGCCUCGCGCGGAUGGUUACGGAAAUUGGCCAUGGACGGCCAAGGAGGAAAAUGGCUCGGCAGACCCACGGUUUCGGUUUACGUUAACUUCGCUACGGUAUCCAAGAUCUCGCUGUAUUGGAUUCGCUAGGAGACGACUUGGCCGAGGUGGGCGGGUGAUAAUCGAUCGAGUAGCGACCGAUUUCGAUGACCUGUGGUCCCGGUUAGACUACACGAUCGUCGAAAGCGAAACGAUCGCAUCGUUCGCGUCAACCGAGCUGGAACAGUCCAAGGAGCAGGAGAACGAUACCGGAGCUGAUGAACCGGUGGUCGUUAGCUUGCGCCGACCCACCGAGCGAACGACCAGCGUCAGUAGCACCUGCAGCAAUUCCAGCAACACAGGCGUCGUCGUGACGUCCCUCAAGCCACCUCCCCGGUUACCGGCGGCUUCCUCGGGCCACUCGCAGCAAUCGGUAGUGAACGGUGCCGACGGGUUGUUGCUCCCACCGCCACCACCACAACCACCACCACCACUGGACGCAUUGGAGGGGCACGGAACGCCCGCCGAUCGAACCGGUGGUUACCUUUCCUCCUCUUCCACCCUCCGACGAAAGCUCGUACUGAAGCAGGAGCUCGCGACACUAACCGAGUACGACUCGGAUAGUGGCGAACAUCAGUUCCUGGCCAGUAUCGGGUUGAUGAACAACAGCAAGGCGGAAAAGGAGUCGAUCGGGUUGCUUGCCAGCACCAAGCGGCGGCUGCGUUUCGACAGUGCGGGCAACGAGGAUGAGGAAGAGCAGCAGCAGGAGGAGGGCGUAGGGGUGAAGAUGGAAGUCAGUGGUGAUGGAAAUUACGAAAGGACAUUUUCUCCCGCAGCGGCAGCAGGAAGUGGUGGUGUGAAUAACUCAGAUAUAAAUGUGAUAAAAUGUGAGGAUGGCACGACGGUGGAGAUGGGUCCUGGCGUGGCCGCAGUGAAACAGGAGAAGCGCGAGCAGGAGGAGGAAGAAGAAGAAGAGGUGCAGGGUGAGAAGAGCUCGGGCGAGCCGGGGGUGGUGUUGGUGAACACCGGCGAAGACUUUGAGCAGCUGAUCGACAGUGUAAAUAGUCGUAACGUUAGUAGUAAUACCCGGACUCGCAGAGGAGGAGUAGCCGUAAGCAGCAAUAGUAUUAGUUCCGAGGGCGGGGCAUCGCUGAGGAUAGGCGAGGAAGUGGCAGGCACGGAACUGGAGCAGCAGUUGCAGGCGGCUGGCGGAGGUUCCCCUUCGCGGCUGCACGACGCCACCCGGGAAGAUAUCGACGCGGUCUACAAGGACCUGCUGAACGAUAUCCAAUCGAACUGGCUGCACUUUCGCCCGAAAACGCCGGAACCGAGCCCGGACGAUCUACUUACGCUCGAAGGUGAGGACGACGGCGAGCUGCUGGAGAACUGUCUCGGUUUGACCGAUCGCCAUCGAAUCACGCUGGAGCUGCAGGCCCUCGAGGAGGGUCUGCCGGCGUCGGUGUUCACGCGCGGUCGCACGAUCGGUUCCACUUUCCGUACCACCCCGUUCGCGCUGGACAAUCUCAUCGAACCGCAUCCCCUGUCUGUGACGCACGAAGCAACGCCACGGAAGGCGAACGAAGGCGGGGAUGAUACAACCUCCUUGUCGCCGACGGUCGCGCCGUUGGUGGACGUGAAACUGGAGAGGUCCGGCUCGGAGAACAAUCUCAGCGGUGGCGCAGCGGGGGCCGAGAACAACAGCCUCGAAACGUCCGAUCUCAACCUGAGCCUGAACGAAUCGAACGAGGACAAUGAGAAGAUGCUGGACAACAUUCUGCAGGAGUGCGCCAUCGACGAUCCAAAGGCGAGCAACUUCUGGAACGGCAUCCUGGAUGAUGGUAUCCUGAGCAGUCUUGACGACGGAGAAAAGGGCGCGUCGGAUACCGAGGGGGAUAAUGUGAUGGACGCGGACACGCUGGACGGCACGUCAACCGAGCAGCCAGUGCGACGACCUUCGCUGUUGAGUUUAGCCGCAACUAAAAUCGGAUACCACUCGGAGUUGGUGGGAUACGGGGGCGGUGGCGGCGGCGGUGGCCGUGUCGGUCGUCGUCCUUCGCCAUCGACAAUCGAUCGGAAGAACAACGGUGUAACGGUGGGAAGCAAACGGAGGAAAUUGUUAAAACGCUGCAGUUAUCUCGUCGGAAGUAGCUACUUUUCGGUGAAACCACUGCCGAAGGAGGAAAUUUUCCAACCACUGCUGGACGCCGAUGGGCAACCGAUCAUUUGUAUGCCGGACGCCGAGCUGGAACUCACCGGUGAUGGUGCGGUGGAGCAGAUGGUGCAGCUUGGAGGGGAGGAAGGAUUGGAUCUUCCGAUGGAGGAAUCGGCUCCGAUUCACGUUGGUGUGGAAGCGAUGGAGAUCAAGAUGGAAGAGGAUGCGGCGGCUUGUCUGGGUUUGGAAGCGGCCACCAACGUUGGUUACGACCAGCAGACUCCAACGACUGUCCCGACGACAACGUUGGGGGAAGCAACCGGAAUCAAAAUAGAGCCUCCGGAUGAACUGUUCACUCCCUCUUCGUCGUUGGCGUUGGCUUCGGCUUCGGAUUUGGGAGGAACGAGCGAAGCGACAUCCGCGGCUACCAUCGUUGUGCCAACGCCGCAGCAACAAACCCACCAUCAACAGUCGGAGAUGCCGAUAACGGUGCAAUACCUUCGACAUACCGGCCCCGGUACUACCACCAUGGCCACCAUCAAGCUGGAACCGAUCAAUCACCUAACGCAUUCGUCCGUCUCCGAUGGGGGAGGUGGUGCGGGAAGGGCCGGGUCAACGCUUAUCCCCGCGACGAUCGUUGUUUCGCAACCUUCGGGCGGAAGUGGCAGCUCGAGCGUGUUCCCCGUUUCGGUGGCGAACAGUGGUGGUGUUCCGACGAUGGUGGCCGUUUCGUUGCAGCAAGCGGUCAACAGUGGGUUGCAUCAGCUUAUGCACACCUCUUCGGCACCAUCCUCGCAGACGCAGACCACCAUGCUGGUCAUGCAAUCGAUCGCACCGAACAGCAUCGUCACCAACAGCACGGUCCAAUCGUCUCCGACCGCGGUGUCCGCCAGUGGCAACCCAACCUCAGCAUUCGAUCGCUCAGCAACCAUCGCUGGUUCGAUCUUAGUGCAGGCUUCGUCCGCCUCCUCGUCCUCGCCAUCGAUCAUUCCCGUCUCCUCGUCCACCAUGACGGUCGUGUCCGCCUCUUCCUCGCCGGCGCUACUGACGUCCUCUACGCCGAUCGUCGUCACAGUUCCGGCCGCUUCGUCCGCCGCACUUCAGUCCAUCGGUAACGUCAACAAUAAUGGCGGCUCAGCCGUCGUGAUGCCGACGAGCAGCGGAACGAACACCGUCGUGUCCAUCACGACCCCGAUCGUCGUCUCCACCGCACAGUCGCAGCACGCGCAUCAGCAAAAUCAGUUGCAGGGUGGCGGCACCAACAGUACGGGACUGGCGGCCGGCAACAGCUACAUCGUGCAGCACAACAACACACCGAUCGUCCUGUCGCACCAGCAGAUGCAGCAGCUUGCCAGCGGCGGUGGAGGGAAUAUUGUGACCGUUGGAGGCCAGCAGGUCGUUACGACCAAGCAGCAUCACGGGGAAACGUACGUGUUGGCGCAGACACCGCUGAAGAAGCAGAUCAACGGCCCGACCGAUGGUAGCAAAAACGCGACCGCAGUCACUGCGCAAGCUCUGAACAACCAGAAGCUUCAAGCACUUUUCAGCCAAAAGCUGGGUAAUAACAAGACGCCCGAAUACAAUCGCAAGCAAAUAGAGGCGAUCCGGAAGCUUAUUGCCUCCCCGAAGAUGAUUGUCAAAUCGACCAACAGCAACCAGCAGAACCAACAGCAGCACCUUCAGCAGACGCUCCACGGUGUCUCGGCUGCCAGUGGAACCGGUCUGGGCGGGCAUCAGCAGCAAUCGAAUUCGCAGCACGCGCAACAGCAGCAGCAGCAGUACAACCUGAUUCACCAGAAUUCGCUCAACUCUCCGAUCACGAUCGUAUCGGCGCAAAACCCGGGUCAACCGACGCAGAACAAAAUCAUUCUAACGUCCUCCCCGCAGCUGCUACAGCAAGCCGGUGGAGCAACGGCGGGUCAGCUGAUUGCAGCCACCUCUUCGCACGGCAAGAUACAGCUGACGACCGUGCAGCACCAAGGGCAACCAGGAGUGGCGGGUACGACCGGUGGACAGAUUGUGACGCUCGAUCAGGCCGGUUUGCAGGCAGCAGCAGCCGCCGCCGGGCAGCAGCAGCAGGUGAAGCUGGAAAAGAACCGUAUUGUGUACGCCAACAUCAAGAACAGCCGUGGUCAGUUUCUGGCCCAAAUAAACCCGAAGUUGGUGAACAUCAUACAGCCGAUUCAACAGCAGAAGCUCGUCAACAGUCAGCAGCAACAACAGCAGCAGCAACAGCAACAGCAACAGCAGCAACAGCAUCUUCACAACCAGGCCGGCCAUGGAACGACGACGAUCAUCAACAGCAAAGGGCAGACGGUGCAGCGGAUUCCCACGGUUAGCAUUCGCACGCAGCAGCAGCAACAGCAGCAGCAGCAGCAGCAACACCUGCAGCAGCAGCAGUCCACCGGCCACGUCGACAUGGUUGUGGUGAACAAUGCGAACAACAUCAAGUUUAUCCAGGCGGCGGCCACGGCGGCUACGAACGCGGCUGCUGCUGCAGCAGCGGCGGCAGCGGUAGCAAGUGGGGGGAACGUGGUUAACAACGUCACCGGUUCGUCGACUAGCCGGGUCAGUCAGACGACGACGAUGAGCACUUCUGCCGGUGGUACGGUGGUGUCCGUAGGUAACUCCGGAGCUGGUGUCAGUGGUGGUGGAAGUAACAACAGCGACGUGGUGGGAAACAGCAACUGCAGCAGCAUUAACAACAGCUCCUCCGUAACACCCACAUCCGGCACCGCGCUGGUCAAUAGCGUUUCGGGAAUGGCAAACAACAGCAGCGCUUCCACGACCGGUGCAACGCAGGUAACGGCGGGAAAAGCGGUCGUGAGCACUGGCACCGUUGGUGCAAGUAACUCCGCGGUGGUUGUUGCUGUCGGUAGCGCGGCCAGUGGUGGCAACAGCAAUGCUGGUGGCACUAGUGGCGGAGCAGCAGGUGGUGGUGGUAGUGGUGGCGCCGGUGCCAUCGGUGGCAACGGUAGUAGUUCGAAUCCUCCAGCCAGUAUAAACAUUACCAAUAGGCAUUGUAGAAGAAAAGCAAAGAAAAGAAGAAAAUCCGUACUAGCAGCAUCUUUGGACGGUAAAUGGAAGAGCGCUCGGUACUGUCUGAGGAGCAGAAACAAUUAAGACAACUUCAAUAAUGAAAAUCAGACAUUCGAAUGAGACCAACUUCCCAUGUGAAAGAAUGACGCAAUGGCAACGAUUCGGAAAGAGAAAACAAGCGCCGGGCGGGGGUCGAGAUGCGAGAAAAGUCAACCAAUAGUUCACGCUCGGCCCGAUCCAUCCCGGAGCUUGAUUUCCGAGUGUCUUGCCGCAGCGUUUCGACAGAUGGAUCUCGUAUAAACUUGGUUGGAAAGCAGACGGAAUUCUUUAACGCUCUAUACACGAUUCCCUGUUGAAAUCUAUAGAAAAAAAGAAACAUUAAAAUCGAUCCAGAUCUCUGUUAUUAAAUAAUAGAGAUUGAAAACACGACUCUUUCAUUCCCUCGGAUUUAUUUAUAUCGGACAAUUGGUGUUACAUUACAGAUUGGAAUAAACGUUUGGGAGGGGGGAACGCAGGUUUUCCAGACCCGACGAAAGGAGACAAAUUUUUAUAGAAAAACUUAACGUUUCAACUAUUACUGAAUUAAUUACAGGGAGCGAUACAAAAAGGGAGUUUUGAGUAGACUUUCUCAUUUUAUGUGUUUUAUUCUUUCGGUAACUCCAACAAAGAGAGUUCGGCGUAUUUUCUUUUUAUAUUUUAUUGAAUUUUUUUAC